UCGUUCUCUCUGGUUGUAACUAGAAUUUUAGCCUCUGAGAGUUGGCCGUCCGAUUUCUCUGUCAUACGACUGCUUCGCCUAUGUUCAUCGGUCUCGUUGAUGACUUCGUGAUUUCGUGUUUGUCAGUUGCCGAGAUAAAUGGGUCAGAAUCAGUCGGGAACAGGAGGUACGGGAGGGGACAAGAAGGAUGACAAAGACAAGAAGAAGAAGUACGAGCCCCCAAUUCCUACGCGCGUAGGAAAGAAGAAACGACGAACCAAGGGACCGGACGCUGCGACAAAAUUGCCCCAAGUCACGCCCCAUACCAGGUGUCGCCUGAAGCUCUUGAAGUAUGAAAGAAUCAAGGAUUACUUGUUGAUGGAGGAGGAGUUCAUUAGAAAUCAGGAGCGACUUAAGCCGCAGGAAGAGAAAAAUGAAGAGGAGAGAUCCAAGGUCGACGAUCUUAGGGGAACGCCGAUGUCGGUUGGGACAUUGGAGGAAAUAAUUGACGACAAUCACGCCAUUGUUUCUACAUCUGUAGGGUCCGAGCAUUACGUGUCGAUCUUGUCAUUCGUUGACAAAGAUCAGCUGGAGCCAGGAUGUUCUGUUUUAUUGAAUCACAAGGUGCACGCCGUUGUUGGCGUCCUUGGCGAUGACACGGAUCCGAUGGUAACAGUGAUGAAGCUCGAGAAAGCUCCGCAAGAAACAUACGCCGAUAUCGGAGGUUUGGAUACACAAAUUCAGGAAAUCAAAGAGUCGGUCGAAUUACCCCUCACUCAUCCGGAAUAUUACGAAGAGAUGGGAAUCAAGCCCCCCAAGGGUGUUAUACUCUACGGUUUACCGGGAACGGGUAAAACUCUUCUGGCCAAAGCAGUGGCCAAUCAGACAUCUGCGACUUUCCUGCGUGUUGUUGGUUCAGAAUUGAUCCAGAAGUAUCUAGGGGAUGGCCCGAAACUUGUCAGAGAGCUAUUCAGAGUUGCUGAGGAACAUGCUCCUUCUAUCGUAUUCAUAGAUGAAAUUGACGCUGUUGGUACAAAACGAUAUGACAGCAACAGUGGAGGCGAAAGAGAAAUCCAGCGUACUAUGCUGGAGCUACUAAACCAACUUGACGGCUUUGACAGUCGUGGAGAUGUCAAAGUAGUAAUGGCAACUAAUAGAAUCGAAACUUUGGAUCCGGCACUAAUUCGACCCGGACGUAUCGAUAGAAAGAUCGAGUUUCCCCUGCCAGAUGAAAAAACCAAGAGGAGAAUCUUUAGCAUUCACACAAGUAGAAUGACAUUGGCACCAGAUGUAAACCUGGCAGAUCUCAUCAUGGCUAAAGAUGACCUAUCCGGAGCUGACAUAAAGGCGAUCUGUACCGAAGCUGGUCUCAUGGCUUUACGAGAGCGCCGUAUGAAGGUAACCAGCGACGACUUCAAGAAAUCCAAGGAGAGUGUGUUGUACCGCAAGAAGGAAGGAUCGCCUGAAGGAUUAUAUUUAUAAUUUAAUUUUUCGCUUUCCCAUGUAUUUUUUAUCAAUCGUAAUAAUACGAAAUUCGAAUAAAUAAAUUUUCUUUAACUCAA